ACUCAAUGAUAGCAGUUGAGCAUUUAGUCGUACUUGAACCUACACUGUGAGACGACGUGUGAAAGUGAUCCGUGCGUGUAUUCCUACGUUUUCACGAAUUCAGUAAUUGGACUUUAAUUUAGCGUUGGUCGUCGUUAUAUUGUUAUCACUUUACGGCAGAUUAAUUAACUAUGAAUUAGGGUAGACGUGGUGUGCCUGAUCCAAGAACACUUGCUAAACGAAUAAAAAUCAACAUUUCCUAAUUGCAUUUGCAACUUCGGAUUAACCAAUUAUAGGCAACAGAUUUAUAUAAAAUGAGCGCGGAACACGUCGAAGAAGUGGUUUCGGAAGAACCAUUUUUGGGCACACUGGAUAUUGCAUUAUUAGUAGUCCUCUUAGUCGGUGCAACAUGGUACUUUAUGAGAAGUCGUAAGAAGGAAGAAGCUCCAAUUCGUUCAUAUUCUAUACAACCCACUACAGUCAGCACCGUUUCAACGACAGAGAAUUCGUUCAUAAAAAAAUUGAAAGCUUCAGGUCGUAGUUUAGUUGUGUUUUAUGGUUCCCAGACCGGAACAGCCGAAGAAUUUGCCGGACGAUUGGCCAAGGAAGGUUUACGCUAUCGCAUGAAGGGAAUGGUGGCGGACCCCGAAGAAUGUGACAUGGAAGAAUUGUUACAAAUGAAGGAUAUUCCUAACUCAUUAGCCGUUUUCUGUUUGGCUACAUAUGGUGAAGGAGAUCCCACUGAUAACGCUAUGGAAUUCUAUGAAUGGAUUACAAAUGGCGAGGUUGAUUUGACGGGUUUAAACUACGCCGUAUUUGGCUUAGGCAACAAGACUUAUGAACAUUACAACAAAGUUGCAAUUUAUGUGGACAAGAGGUUGGAGGAACUCGGUGCUACGAGAGUGUUCGAGUUAGGUCUUGGAGACGAUGAUGCAAAUAUCGAAGAUGACUUCAUUACGUGGAAAGACAGAUUUUGGCCAUCUGUUUGUGAUUUCUUCGGAAUCGAAGGAAGUGGUGAGGAGGUAUUGAUGCGUCAAUUUCGACUUUUGGAACAGCCGGAUGUUCAACCCGAUCGUAUUUACACCGGCGAAAUAGCUCGGUUGCACUCAAUGCAAAAUCAAAGACCUCCAUUUGAUGCUAAAAAUCCAUUUUUGGCUUCAGUCAUAGUUAAUCGAGAGCUGCAUAAAGGCGGCGGACGGUCAUGUAUGCAUAUUGAGUUGGAUAUUGAUGGAUCAAAAAUGCGGUAUGAUGCAGGCGACCAUAUAGCAAUGUAUCCGAUUAAUGAUAAAAUCCUGGUAGAAAAAUUGGGUAAACUAUGUGAUGCAAAUCUAGAUACAGUCUUCUCUUUGAUCAAUACGGAUACGGAUAGCAGUAAAAAACAUCCAUUCCCCUGUCCCACCACAUACCGUACCGCCCUGACACAUUACUUGGAGAUUACUGCAAUACCGAGAACACAUAUUCUGAAGGAGUUAGCAGAGUAUUGUUCCGAUGAAAAGGAUAAGGAAUUUUUACGCAACAUGGCGUCUAUUACUCCGGAAGGCAAAGAGAAGUAUCAGAAUUGGAUCCAGAACUCUUCAAGAAAUAUUGUGCAUAUUUUGGAGGAUAUCAAAUCUUGUAGACCACCAAUUGAUCAUAUUUGUGAACUGUUGCCAAGACUUCAACCGCGUUAUUACUCGAUUUCAUCUUCUUCUAAGCUCUAUCCAACUAAUGUUCAUAUUACAGCAGUUCUGGUUCAAUAUGAAACACCUACUGGCCGUGUAAACAAAGGUGUUGCUACGUCAUACAUGAAGGAAAAAAAGCCUUCGGUUGGAGAGGUUAAAGUGCCUGUAUUUAUUCGCAAAUCUCAAUUUAGGUUGCCAACUAAAUCCGAGAUUCCAAUCAUAAUGGUGGGCCCAGGAACGGGUCUAGCACCUUUCAGAGGAUUCAUACAGGAAAGACAAUUUUUACGAGAUGGAGGAAAAGUUGUCGGCGAUACCAUAUUGUAUUUCGGGUGUAGAAAGAAGGACGAAGACUUCAUUUAUAGAGAAGAACUAGAGCAAUAUGUACAAAAUGGAACUUUAACCUUGAAAACGGCAUUUUCAAGAGACCAACAAGAAAAAAUUUAUGUUACUCAUCUAAUCGAACAAGAUGCUGAUUUAAUUUGGAAAGUAAUUGGCGAACAAAAGGGACACUUUUAUAUUUGCGGGGAUGCUAAAAAUAUGGCUGUGGAUGUUAGAAAUAUUUUAGUUAAAAUUUUGUCAACCAAAGGCAAUAUGAACGAAUCAGAUGCUGUGCAAUAUAUAAAAAAGAUGGAGGCACAAAAGCGUUAUUCCGCGGACGUUUGGAGCUAGAAAAAAACGUCAUUUGUACAACACUAGUAAAACCAAUAAUUCCUUCGUGUCUUGUUUCCUAAAAUAAGAAAAUUUGCAAUUCCAUGCAAAAACAAGAUUAUUUAUAUUUUUUAUAAUAUUUUUGUACAGAAAACAAAGAAGUUCUUCCGGUUUGGGAAUAUUUUCCACGUGCUUACUAAUGUUUUAUUGUAUGCAUUUUUACCCAUCACCACUUUUGUCAGAAUAAUUUAUAGACAAAUAAAAAACGUUAUCUUUCGAA